AUGGCGCCCGCCCUUACCCGCAGCAGCCGUGCAGGAGGUGGAGCUGGAGAUGGAGCCGGAGGGAGCCGGGAGAGGGCCAGGAGGAGCCGGGAGAGCCGGGAGCCGACGCAGCCUGCUAGCGGCCGAGCCGAGGGGCGGGGCGCAGGGAGGCCACUUCCCCGUCGCGCUCCAGAAGGCCGGUGCGGGGGCGGGGCGCCGCCACCGCCUACCCAGAGGGCGCUGCUGCUCCGGCCAAUAAGUGCGGUGGGGGGGCGGGCUGAGGGCUGCAAGCCAAUGGGCGCCGGCUUUGGCGCCUCGCCCUCCCCGUGGAAGCGGCGCGAGCAGAGGCCGUUGAGGGAUCCACUUCCUGGCCAGGAGUCAUAACUGCUCUCAACUGUGACUGAGGCUGCACAUAGUGAUGAUGCACUCUACAGACACAUGGCUCCCUCCCAGGACGUCUGUCCUCUGUUCUAAAUCCAAGUUGCCAAUAAAAGCCAAUUCUGAUCCCAA